CCCUUAUCAGUCACAGUGUCAUCUACAAAGGCCAACUAAUAAUAUGCCAGUGCGUAAUAGACCGUAUGCAUUCUUCAUGCCAAAUUAUCCGAUGGUCAACUGAAUGCCUUACCAAUUCACUUCUUGUUUUGACAAGUCACCUGAGUCUUCAGAGGUUGGUUCCAUGCUGAAAUAUGAGUUUAAGGCUGAAAAUGAGAAAUGAGAGAAACAAAAAUAUAAUACAAAGAGCAUAUUUAAGCAGCAAGAAGAGCUUAAGGUCUACUAUUACGAUCUUGGUGACCAGAUCUGCCAGGAGCUUACUGAAUCUCAUAAUGAAGUGCUUGAAAGUAUAUCUGCUAAGCUGAAAUAAAGCCAAAUGGGUCCAAAAUAAUCCAAAUCGAUCAGAAGAUUUAUAUAAAGCUUCUUCUGAAAUUGAUCAGCCUAAUCCUUUUCACUCAAAAAUCUCUGCUGAAUGAAAGAAAUUGUUAGUAGAUAUUCCUGGCGAGCUGGAAGGACCACUAAAAAUAAAGAAGACUCAAAUAAGUUCACUGAUAAAAGUGGAUUAUGAGCAGAAAACUACCGCUAGCGAAGAGGUAGUUGGAGCCCCGAUAUUCUCUGGGACCUUGAAGCCUGCUGAAGUCCCUAAGACAGCUGAAGCUCCUAAACCAAAGAUGCUGACCAAUGAGGGAAGCCGAGCUAGCUUCAUCGACACUGCUUCAGACACUGACACAACAGAAAUUUUCGAAGAAGAAAAACUAGAUGUGAACUCUUUAUUUGGGUUUAAAGCUUUAACUUCUAAAAAGCAAAUCGAGGCGAAAGCCAGUACAGAUUUCACUGAAAACUCUACCAAAGCCACAUGCCAUCGAAAGAGAGGGAGACCAAGGAAGGAUUUUGCUGCUUUGCCGGUCAAAAAGAUGCUGGCUUUUCUCAAAGCGGAGCUUUUGAAGAAGCUCAAGCCUCUUAAAGAGAGCAAAUAGGAGUGAUAGUGUUUUUAUAGCUAUUUUUAGAGCAAUCAAGAAGAUCCCUCUUUGGCUUCUCAAGAAGCUAAAAUCAAAGGGCAGGUACAAGCUUGACCUGAGAAGUCAGGCCAAUUGAAAGCUGACGAUAGAAACCUACCAAGAAAUAUACGACUACUUUAUUAAAAUCUUACUUGAACUAGAUAUCACCGAUAGGUUUCAGGGAAGAAAGGAUGCCUUUAUACAUUUCUGAGCAAUAGCUUUCCCAGCAAAAAGACUACUCCAACUUUACCAACCAGAUGGGACAGAAGACCCAGAUUUGGCCCAGAAAAAGGAAGAUCUAGAGAGACUGAAUAAGUUACUUGGUCAGAGAAAUUUGAACUGUUACAUUAAAUUAAGGCAAUUUUGAAAAGAAAACCCAAUGAUGGUCUCACUCAUUGAACUAUUUCUCACACUUGUGGAUAAAAAGGAAGAGAAACCUCAUGGUCCACUUGCAAGGCUUUACGAAAUAGUUAAAGAAUCUGAUAAAAAACCUUCUGGAAGUUAG